AAGCCAAUCGCAAAAGCAUCAAUAUGAAAGUCAUCGUUCUUAUCGCCGCCUUGAUCGGAGCCGCUUGGGCUGGUGAUCUCCACGGGUACGGAGGAGGACUCAGUUUUGGUCACGGACACAUUUCUCACGCUAGCAUCGCCAAGGUGUCUUACGUCAAAACUCCCGUCGUAUCCACCACCUACGUGAAACAACCCGUCGUCUCCUACAUCUCGAAACCGGUGAAGUCCAUCUCGUACGUCUCGAAGCCCGUCGUGUCGGUCCACAGCGCUCCCAUCAUCUCCCAUAGCUACGGUGGCCACGGUGGAAGUCUCGGAGGAUACGGAGGUGGUCACGGAUGGUGGUGAUCGAGAGAAGUAAGAUUGUAUAACGUGUAAAUAAAGAUCUGCCAU